AUGAAACAAGAAAAAAAGAAAUUUGAUGCCGAAGUUGGUAAGAUUUUAAAUUUAAUGAUUCACUCUCUUUAUAGUAAUAAAGAGAUUUUUAUGCGGGAAUUGAUUUCUAACGCUUCUGAUGCUUGUGAUAAGCUGCGUUAUUUAUCUCAAAGCAACGCUGAAUUAGUAGCCGGUGACUCUAACUUUAAAAUUACUGUUAAAGUCGAUAAAAAUAAUGGUCAGGUUAUCAUCCGUGAUAACGGAAUCGGUAUGAAUAAAGAGGAUUUAAUCGAGAAUCUAGGCACUAUUGCAAGAUGGGGUACGGCAAAUUUCCUUAAGAAUCUCUCAGGUGAUUCUAAAAAAGAUAAUAUGCUAAUUGGUCAGUUUGGCGUUGGUUUUUACUCAAGCUUUAUGGUAGCUGAUAAGGUCACUGUAACUUCAAGAAAAGCUGGCGAAGAUAAAGUAUAUGUUUGGGAAUCGGAAGGCGAAGGCGAAUAUAUUGUAUCAAGCUCAGAUAGAGAAUUAAGCAGAGCAACGGAAAUUGCUCUACACAUUAAAAAGGAAGAAGAUAGUUUCCUUGAUCAUUUUAGAUUAAAACAUAUAGUUAAAAGCUAUUCCGAUCAUAUAGCUGUGCCAAUAUAUUUCUUUGAUGAGGGGGAUAAUAACGAAAUACAACUAAAUUCUGCAUCAGCAUUAUGGACAAGAUCAAAAUCAGAAAUUACCGAAGAGCAAUAUAAAGAAUUCUAUAAAAGCUUAUCUUAUGCGGUGGAUGAUCCUUGGAUUACUAUGCAUAAUAAAAAUGAAGGAGCUAUAGAGUUUACAAAUCUGCUAUUUAUCCCAUCAAGCAAAACUUAUGAUUUAUUCCAUCCUGAUCGAAAAAGACGAGUAAAAUUAUACAUAAAAAGAGUAUUUAUUUCUGAUGUGGAUAUUGAUUGA